AUGAAUGAGUCUGAAGAGGGAAAUAGACUGAUCACAAAACUACAUAUUGCUUUGGGCAAUCAUGAUGCAACUUUUGGGGACGACCUUGAUGGUGUACUAACGUGGAUCAAUCCAAACGAUCCGACCAGUAAUCAUCAGCUAAGACCGCCGAUCUUAAGGGUUAAGAGCGCUAUAAAAACUUUGUUCAGUUUGAAAGAUUUGGACGACACAUUGUUCGAAUUGCUGCGGCAAUUUGUGAUUUAUCAAACCCGUAGACACUUUUUCGCCAACUUUGAGGCAUUGCUCAACUUCAAGGACGUGCAGAAAUUAGAAAGAUACUACGAGUUCCCCCUCAAUUUUAUUCCUGUUUUUCUUGCAAAUGAAUGGCUGGAGGAGGUGAAUGGUCUUCGUGGCUACCUGAUUUUCAGUCACCCCGUUUUCAAACGCAAUGUCAUGCUACGACUUAAGCAACUCUUGCUCGAAGACGAUUUUGAAAUGGCUUACAAGGUCUAUGAAUGGCUUUGUCAGGCAGAGGGCAGGUCCCUCACGAAUUUGCUGGUCGAAGGCAUCCUAGCGAAAGUCCAGGUGUACGCCGCAACACAGAUGGGUACUGUGUGGACAAAACGAUUUGUUAUCGUGGAAACAUUUAACUCCUUUAUAGGCCAGUAUUGGGGCCCAUUGAGCGAAAUGUUGCAUUGUGCAGAAGAUGAUCAUGAAAUUACUCGAGAGAUCUAUAUGUGUUUUGAACACGAAUUCAUUCGCAUACGAACUCAACAAGUGUUUGAGAUUUUUGUUACAAACUAUCCGGUAUCGAAACCAACAUUACUCGAGCUUCGAAGCGUUUUAAAGACACCUUCGAAAUACACAGAGCUCAUCACCGAGCUCUUGUGCCGUUUCGAAACCAGGAUGUUAAAGCCUAGCGUUACAACCGCAGAAAUUGUGCUAUCGUAUGUUAAAGCCAUCAAAAGCAUUCUUACUGUGGAUGUGUCCUUUCGAUAUUUUCGAUUAUUGACAGAUUUUGUUAGGCCCUUCCUCAGUGAACGACGGGAUACAGUUGUUACUUUCCUUUACGCUCUGCUUGGACUAGGCGCUUCGGAAGUCAAAGGAGGAAGUCAGGGUUCGGAACAUACAGAGAUCGCAGCACAGCUUGCAGCAGAGCUCAUGGACUCGCAUAAGCCUAUAAUGACAUCAACUUUGGAUACCGGGAUCCAAUCGCUACCAGAGAGAUCGCCUGUUUUGAACUCAUACGAACCUGUCUGUCAACAGGUUUUCAAUUACUACCUUCGCUGGGUGCCUGAGCCUUUGGACUCGAUACAAGCGAGCAAUGACGACGCUUUGAUGAGCAAAAGUCUGUUCGACAUCGUGGUAGACCUAUUUGAAUCUAGAGACGUUAUAAUAACUGCGUUUGUCACUCUUUUCACCAGAAAACUACUAGACCUAAAGGGCUACAGAUUGGAACAAAACUGGGUGAAAAGUUUGAAAGUAUUAAAGCAGAAAUUCGACUUCAAAAAACUUCCUGGUGGUCAAGAUGUCUCCAGCGUCAAUAACAUAGAUGUCAUGUUGCGCGAUAUCAGGCAAAGUGAAACGCUGUGCUCUGACUUGCAUUCCUGGGCCAGCCUUAAUCCUGCGAUCUUCCCCAAAAUCGUAUCCUAUUUGUUUUGGGGUACUUCUCAAGAGCUUUGCAUGCCAUCUAAAAACCUCAAGCUUCCACUGAAUCUCGAGCAGGACUUUGAGAGAUACAGGGAAGCUUACUCGCAGGUCAAGAAGGGUCGAAAACUAAAGGUACAUCAGGAUCAGACUAUCGUAGAGGUAUGUCUUACAUUUGCGGAUAAACGUAAAUUGAAGUUUGAUGUUCCACUGAAGAGGGCUGUCAUCCUGUCGUGUUUCUCUGGUCAUGAGGAAUCAAUGGGUUUAACGCAAAUGCAAAUAGCCGAACGAACGGGAGCUAACGAAACCGAGGUUAUUCAGGCACUUCUCUUCUGGCGCAGCGCUUCUGUCCUUUAUUAUGACGAAGCGUUUGGCGUAUACAAGCCAGUGGAAGAUUUGGAGAAUCGGAAUCCCAAAGCCUUAUCUGGCACAGGCGAUAUUGAUAGUAUCGCGACCGCGAAAACUAGUGAAUUCGACGGUCCUGUGAACUCAGAGCAAAAAGAUAUUGCUGAUUCAAUGGAAAAGGUCUGGCCCUUCAUCAAAGGCAUGCUAACCAACCUGGGGAACAUGAAGCCGGGAAAAAUCCACGCUUUUCUUAACAUGGCUGUGCCAAAAGAAAUCGGAUAUGCGGCGACAGUAUCCCAAUUGCAGGUUUUUCUGACCAUCUUAGUCGAUGAAGGGAAAUUAGUCAGUAACGCCAAUGGAACAUUCAAGCUGGCGAAGUAA